CUCUCGGCCUCUCUCUCCUCUUGGCCUGUCUAAUCCAUUUGGGAGAACCACUUCUGGAUCCUUCCGUUCUUCCCCCUCUUCUUCCUCUUCAGUCUCUUGUCAAAUUUUUCAUAGAAUUAUGUGGGGGGAAAAGCUGCCGAUCUAGCUAGGUGCAAUAGUCAUUCCUUCUUCUUUCCCUUUCCCGUUGUAUCAUCAUCUAGGAUAGAUAUAUCGGUAUCGGAUAUAUGGAGGAGCUGUCGCGGCAGUUGGGCGCGUCGUCGCGGCCGGUGGCCGCCGGUGACGAUCUACUCUACCUUCCCUCCUCUGCCCCCACGUCGUCAUCCGACGCCACCUCCUUCUACGGCCGCGCAGGGGAUCAUCAUCAUCAUAAUAGCCAUGUUGACAGUAAUAACUACUUCCUCGACGCCGCCUAUCUCCUCCGCCCGCAACCGCCGAUGUCUCAGGGGGAGAUCACGGCCGUGGCAGAGGACGCCGGCGUCAAAGCCAAGAUCAUGUCGCAUCCCCAGUACUCCGCCCUUAUUGCCGCCUACAUCGACUGCCAGAAGGUGGGAGCGCCGCCAGAUGUGGCUGCGCGGCUGUCGGGGUUAGCUCGGGAGCUGGAGUCGCGGCUGAGCUGCCGUCGCAAGGUCUCCGAUGACCCGGAGCUCGACCAGUUCAUGGAAGCGUACUGCGACAUACUGGCCAAGUACCGGGACGAGCUAAGUCGGCCGUUACAAGAGGCGACGGAGUUCCUCAAGAGCGUGGAGUCGCAGUUCAACGCGCUCACCAACAACGCCACCACCCCCUCUUCCUCUUCCCGCCUCUUCUCGCCUGAUGAAAAAGGUGAAGGCGUCGGAUCCUCUGAAGAAGACUUCGAUGCGAGCGACGGAGAGACUGAUAAUCUGGAGAUCGACCCACGAGCUGAGGACAAAGAGCUGAAGACCAAUCUUCUGAGGAAAUAUAGUGGUUACUUGAGUAGCCUAAGGCAAGAGCUUUCCAAGAAGAAGAAGAAAGGUAAGCUGCCAAAGGAAGCCCGGCAAAAACUACUCAAGUGGUGGGAGCUGCAUUACAAAUGGCCAUAUCCAUCGGAAGCUGAGAAGAUUGCUCUAGCGGAGUCAACAGGCCUCAAUCAGAAGCAAAUCAAUAACUGGUUUAUCAACCAACGGAAGCGGCACUGGAAACCCUCGGAGGACAUGCAACUUAUGGUGAUGAAUAGCUUUCAUCCACAUAAUCCUGCUGCCUUGUACAUGGAAGGACAGUUCAUGGGAGGCGACAACCUUUACCGCCUUGGCCCCUAAAUUAUUGAAGGUUUUGAGGUUUGCAGUCGAUAGAAGCUAAGCAUCUCCAUGACUAAGCACUGACUUAUGAUUUAAGAAUUCCAUGACUACUAUGCUGUCGCUUUAAUUAACUGCCCUUGGAAUUAUGAUUAGUCCAACAUGUAUCGUAACUAAUAAUUUGAAAGUUUUACGAUACCACAAAAUGUGCUGCGAUAUAUUUCGGGGGAAGCUGCACAGAAUUGCUUCUUCUGUUUUAAGUUUUUUCUCUAUUCCGACAGUUUUGGAACUCUGUUUUGCAAAUAAGGUUCAUACUUUAUUGUGAUUUGUGACUA